AUGCUGCCAGGGAAGGACGUGUACUGGUGGGGAGCAGCGUCCGCGUCCCUCACCGACCUGCUACACGGCUUUCCCGUCUCGCCCAAACCCCUCCUCGGCACCUUCAACAGCCAGACAGUCGUGGUGCGCCUGGCGUCAAACGUGACGUGGAGCGACUUUAAGCUCCUCUCAGUGUGGUCGCGAACCACUGCCUCAGACUACGGCCACAUAGCCCUCGAGAUCAUCGAGCCUCCAGCCCCCCCGCCCGCCCCAUCCCCAGCGCCCUCCCCUUCCCCCGCACCCUCCCCCGCCCCCGCCUCCGCCUCCGCCCCGUCCCCCUCCCCCUCCGCCCUAGCCUCCUCCCCUGAGCCGUCCAAACCUGUUCUUCCCGGCCCAGAUACCCCCUCCCCUGGUACCGCCUUCCCUUCAGAACCCCCAUACGCACUCCCUCCGCAGCCCCCGCUGUUGCCGGCACCCCCGCCGCCUGUGAAGCCGAGGGUGAAGCAGGGGCAGAGGCAGCCAACGAUGUUUGACAACUGUAUGCAGCUGAGUCACCGGUAUAGGGUGCGGUGGACGCUGGACGAGGCGAGAGGGUUCGUUGACGUGGGGUUGGAAGCGGUUGUGGGGAGUGGGCCGCAUUACCUGGGGUUUGGCUGGACGGAUCCCGACAGUGUGACCAAGUUUAUGGGGUUUGCUGACGUGGUUAUCGCGGGAUUCGAUGAAGUGGUGAGUUGCAGGGGGGUUGGGAGGGGUGGGAGGGGGGGAAAGGGCGAGAGGGAAGGGAGUGGAGGUUUGGGUGUGGAAAGGGUGGGAGGUGGUGAGGUGGUGAGCUGGAGUAGGAGGAGAUGGUUGGAUGCGGUUGUGGGGAGUGGGCCGCAUUGUGUGGUUGGGGUGGGGUUUGGAUGGGCGGAUCCGGACAGUGUGACCAAGUUUAUGGGGUUUGCUGACGUGGUGAUUGCAGGGUUCGAUGAAGUCGCGAAACCGUUUGUGGAAGAUUACUAUAUCACAUCAUACGGGGAAUGCAAUCUGGAGAAAAAACCACCAGAGGGCGUGUGCCCCGACCAGCUUAUGGGCGGCGGCAACUCGUCUCUCGACAACGUGGAUCUUAUCUACGGCCACCGGGUGGACGGCAUCACCUUCGUCCGCUUCCGCCGCCCGCUCGUGAGCCCGGACAAAAGAUUUGAUCACGAUAUCGACGCAGAGGACGAGAUGAACGUAAUCUGGGCGCUGGGCUCCUUAAAGCCCAUCCCAUCCCCCUCCUCAUCCUCCUCCUCCUCCUCUUCCUCUUCCACCUCUAAUCCCUCGGUGGUAGGGGGAGUAGCAGGGGCAGCACGAGCCCCUCCCGCCCACCUCUUUCCGUCCUACCACGGAGUUCCCCAGGGGUCGUUUUUCGGGGUGGCGGUGUUGACUCUAAGCCUGGCAGUCGAUGACUGUCAGAGUGUGCUGAACCCUGCCGUUGGUGUGGGAAAUGCAGGCGGAGGGGGCGGAGGAGCAGGAGGAGGAGGAGCGGGAGGGGCUGGGGGAAGUGGGGAUGGGAACGGGGAUGAUAACGAUGAUGAUGAUGACGAUGGGGUGGGGGGGGUGGUGGGGAGCGGAUGGGGGAAAAUCGUCGUGGCCGAUAGAGGCACGCUCAUUACAGUCACAUCGGGCAAAAGCACGCACUACCCCAACCCGCCAGGCUCGACAAAAAGCUUCUAUGUGAACGGGCACGAGGCUCCGGAAAUUAAGGUGGAGCGGGGGGUUCCGGUGCAGUUUGCGAUACAAGCUGGGCACGAUUUGGGGGUGUAUAUCACAUCGGAUCCUGUGGGCGGGCGGUUUAACAAAUCGGAGAUUAUAUUUGCGGGCGGCGAGGAGGCGCAUGGCGUGCCGGCGGACCCGUACACCCUGCUGUGGAAGCCCACUAGCUCCACACCCGACCUGGUUUACUAUCAGUGCUAUUCGGAGCCCAAGAUGGGGUGGCGCAUACACGUGGUGGACGGCGGCCUAUCAGACAUGUACAACCACAGCUUCCAGCUAGCAGACGGGCUCGUCACCAUGUUCUGGACGCUCACCGCCUCAUCGAUCUCUGUUGCAGUCAGGGGCGAGCAUCCAUCCGGCUAUAUUGCCUUAGCCUUUGGGAGUGGCAUGGUGAACUCGUGGGCGUAUGUGGGGUGGGUGGAGGGCGGGGAGGGGCGGGUGGCCUCUUACUGGAUCGAUGGCAAGGAUGCCAGCAGCGUGCAUGCAGCCAGGGAGGCGCUUGAUAUGAGCAAGUGCAUGCAGGUGGAUGGGGUGCUGACGUUUGAGUUCAGCCGUCCGCUCAAGCCGCCCGAUUCGGACUGCGACGACAAGUGCAGUGUGAUCGACCCCUCAGAGCCCCUCAAGGUCAUCUGGGCGUACGGACCCUCCUGGACCUCAGGCAAGCUGUCCUACAUGAACAUGCACACGGUGUGGAGCACCACCGUCACCAUUCUGGACCUCGAGACAGGCGAGGGCACGGUGGAGCAUCUGCAGCCGGUGUUUGUGGUGCAUGGCUUCAUGAUGACCAUGGCUUGGGCUGUUCUCAUGCCCUUUGGGGUGCUGGCCGCGAGAUAUCUCAAGCACAACGACUGGCUCUCCAUCCACCAGUACACGCAGUACUCCGCCCUCGCCCUCAUGCUCCUCGGGCUGCUCUUCGCUGUCGGUGAACUGGGCGGCAUCGACCUCUCAUCCAAUCAUGCCAAGAUUGGAAUGGCAACAUUCGCCCUGGGCUGCUUCCAGCCAAUCAAUGCAUUCUUCCGCCCGCCCAAACCAUCGCCUGGAGAGAGGCCCCAGAUGAAACGGGUCAUCUGGCAGUGGGUACACAUAUUGAUCGGACGGGGGGCGCUGCUGGUAGGAGGGGCGGCGCUGCUAACAGGCAUAAUGGAGCUGGGGGAGACAGGGGGAGACGACUACACGGUGGACGGGUUCCUGUGGGCCAUGGUGGGGUGGUUCGCCACCAUCGCUGCCUUUGUUUGGUUUGUGGAGCGCACGAGAAAACAAGACCAUGCAACGCCACAGGAGCUAGCCAACAUGGUUCGGCACGACUGGAACGGGUCAUCACCAGCAUCACCGGACAUGCACGUGACCCAGCUAGACAGUGAGGACAGCGAAGACGACACGCGCACCCUCAUCCCCUCCACCCUCCGCUCCUCCUCCCACUCCUCCUCUUCCUCCUCCUCCGCCUCUGCUGCACCUGCCCGACAUGGGCAGUCUGGCUCUCCUGCCCGGGGUAAUUUGUCUGGUUCGCCUGCCCGACUGGGCGCUACUGCUUCUUCACCUGCCCGUAUGGGGAAUUCCGGGUCGCCUGCUCAUUCCCUGCCUGUGAUUCGGGAGGGUCGGGAGGGUAGGGCCGGCGGGCAUGGGGGAGGCUUGGGGAAUGGGAGAGGGUUUGUGGAGGAUCACGAUGGGGGAAUAGAGAUGGGGAUAAUGAAGGUCGCUGCUGCUGGUCCUGGGUUAGUUGUGCCAUCGGCAGGAGGGGAUUUGAGGAUUGGUUCGGAGGAGGUUCGGGAUAGGUUCGGGAUUGAGGAGGGAUGGAAGAGGGUGGAGCGUGCAGGUCUGGUUGCUCGUGUGCGUGCUGGGUUGGCUGCUGAUGUUGCGCAGAUGAAUUGCUCUCGUGAUGAUUG